AACCGAACUUGCGGCAAUCGUCACGCGUGGGAAACGCAACCCAACCCAACCCAACAAUACAGCGCAUCGAGAACCACAAGCCUUUCAGCUAAAGGGAGAGAUCAGAAAGGAAGACUUCAACUUGUCGCGUUUCGAAGCAUCCACAGAGCCGCGAUUUACUUUGACAAAUAAAUAAUAUCAGGAAGAUGUCGUCUUCGAAGAACGGGGAGAAGCGAAGGAUAACGAAAACCGAAAAAAUCGCCGAGCUCCAGGGAAAACUGAAACUGCUCAAGCAGGAGAACGAGCGCUUGAAGAGCGAGGCGAGUGAUGGUAUGUCGAAAUCCGGUCACAGCACUGGUAGCAGCAGCAAGGCCAACAGCGACAUGGGCAAGCUCAAGGAGGCGCUGUAUGCCCUGAAGCGAGUGACCGUCAAGCAGGAGGUAUCCCUGGCAGCCAUGCGGGACAAGGCAAAACAACGAAGAGCGGAGAUCCACGAACGAAACAGCCUCAUAAAAGAGCUGGAAGAAGAAAACAAGGCGUUUCGCAAGGCCCACGCAAGCCUGAAAAGCAGUGGCGGCGACGACGUUUCCGCCCUCCGGUCGCAGCUCGCCGACCUGGAACUCAAGCUGGCACGGGAAGAAAACGACAGGGCGGAGCAAACCAAGAAGCUAAAGGAAAGCGAGGCCGGCAUCUCGAGCCUCCAGGCGCUGCUCGCCAAAACGAACGGACGGGGCCUGAGACGAACCCCGAGUUCCGACUCGCACGGGUUCGGCAGCGUGAUGAGCGAUUCCACCGCCGGAGAGGACAUUGCGAAGCUGAAGAAGCAGCUCGCGAAAAAGGAAGAAAAGAUCACGAACCUACAGUAUGAGCUGGAGCAGUGCAAGGACGAGAUCCACGACCUGAAGGAACGAAACCAGUUCAGCAACGCGUUCCCAAAGACUCCGGCUCCGGGCGAACUCGACUUCUUCGAGGACGACGACGAUUUCUGGGGAAAUUUUUAGCUCGUCGGGCAGGGACGGAAACGAAACGGAGCGAUCGAAACGCUGUCGGAGGUGUGUUUUAAGAGGACACGCUUGUAUCUGUUUGGGAAUAUAUUUCAGUGCGAAAGGUCUACAAAAAAUAAUUUAUUAACAACGAU